GGACCAAAGCUUCAAACUCAUCCAAAACGCGUACCCAUGCAAACGUCACUGCAAUCUGACCGCAAUCACGAUUCAUGGAGCUGUGAUCGAGUUGUACAGUACGUCUGCAGCUGUGAGAACUUCAACUGCCGGGCUUUCAAACAUCGACGUCACCCAGAACCCACAGCAAGAUGACCUCGAAACAAACUGUCCUCAUCACAGGCUGCUCAGACGGCGGCAUCGGCCAUGCGCUCGCCCAGCGCUUCCACAAGGGAGGCUACCGCGUGUUUGCCACCGCGCGCAGGCUCGAGGCAAUGAAAGAUUUGGCAGCCUCGGGAAUCGAAACGCUUGUCCUGGACGUCACAAAGGCGGAUUCCGUGGCAGCAGUCCUGGCUGAAGUGACCACCCGAACGAACGGAAAGGGGCUCGACUACCUGAUCAACAACGCCGGUCAGCCGUUUGCGAGCCCGGCUUUGGAUGUCGAUAUCGACGGAGCGAAGGCUAUGUUUGAAACAAACCUGUGGGGUACUAUUCGAAUGAACACGGCUUUCCAGCACCUUCUCCUUACGGCACAGGGCACCAUUGUCCAUGUCGGUUCCGUCGCCGGAUACAUCCCAUUCAUUUUCGGUGCCGCAUACAACGCAUCGAAAGCGGCACUUCACGCGUACUCGAACACCCUCCGACUCGAAGUUGGCCCGCUGGGGAUCAAAGUCAUGACGAUUGUUACUGGAGGCGUCGGGAGCAACAUCACCUCGCAGUCCGGUUACAAUAUCAUCUCUCCUCCGGGCAGUCUUUUUGCGGGCGUUGUGCAGCAAGUCAUUGCUGCCAAGAGGAACGUUGUCGAUACGGGGAUGCGCACCGAGGUGUAUGCGGAGAAAGCAUUUGUGCAGAUUACGGGAAGAGGAAGGUGGUAUCAGCUGUGGAGCAAGAAUGCGAGGCCUGCGCAGAUCUGGUUGGGAGCACGAUCGGUGACAAUCUGGCUUGGGAGCUUCUUCCCUGUUGAGCUCUUUACGAAGCCACAAAUGAGGCUGUUCGGGCUGGAUAGGCUGUUAAAGGCGGAUAGGCAGUUGAAGUCCAAAUCGGAAUGAGCCGGGGGUUAGUGCCCAAACAGGGCACCAUCAUUGCACCUACAUUCACAACAUUUGGCGCAUGCUGAGGAGGCAUCGAAUUUGCCAUGGUUGCCCAGGGGGGAAGCUGCUAUCCGUUGCUUCCGAGGUGGAGUCUGUUCGGUCAAUGUCAAAGAAGAGAUGUGCAUCAACAAUCAAGAGUGGGAUUGGGUUCCGAUUGCGCGUUGCAUCGGAGGAGCUACAUAUCAGAGUUUCGUUGUGCCACGCAGCGAGUAAGGCGUAGAGCAGGAU